AUGCUUGUCGAUAACUAUAUCAAGGCAAGUUCUAUAAAAUUUAAUAUUUCAAUAGCACCAUGUGUGGAAAUAGCGAGAUAUUUGAAAUCAAAUCAACAACAACAAGUACGACUACAACCACAUGAAGAUCCAAAACAACUACUAAGUCAUCAACAACAACAACAACCAGACACUCAAUAUCAUUAUCAAAAUCAUCACCACAACAAGCAGUAUCGACAACGACAACGACGACAAACACAGGAACAUAAACAACAACAAGGUACACCAAGAAUACGUCGACCAUCAUCAUCGUUAUCACCAUUAUAUUCACCUAAAACCAAAAAAUCAACCCCUAAUAAAACCACCAAAACUCUACUACAUAAAUCAUCAACAUCUCCGACCUCGCCACCACCACCAAAAAAGAAAAAAUCAAAGAAUAGAAUUAUUGUUCCUAAUGAAUUUAUAAAUUGUGAUCUUGAUAUUAUAAUAACAUUAAUCAAUCGAAUGUUAAUUUCAUUAAUCAAAUUAAAUGAUAAUAAUAUUAAUAACAACAAUAAUACCACAAACAUUAAUAAUCCAACACCACCAACUCGUUUCCAUAGUAAAACACCACCAGCAAUUUCGAUUUUUUCCUAUAUUAAUCGUCUUACAAAAUUCAAUAAUUUAAAAUCUAGUGGAUUAAUCACCAUGAUAUACUAUAUCGACAUACUUUCUUAUAUGUAUCCUCAUUUCCAAUUAAAUUCAUGGACAAUUCAUCGAUUUUUAUUAGUUGCCACCAUGAUAUCACAAAAAGCAAUGGAAGAUUAUUUUUAUACCAAUGAUCAUUAUGCAAAAGUUGGUGGGGUAUCUUUAGAAGAAUUGAAUUGUUUAGAAUUGGAUUUUUUGAAAAGAAUUGAUUGGAGAACUAUACCGAUAAAUAAUCCAAAUGUUCAACAAUUGUAUUAUAAUAAAUUAGUAGAAAUGACAGGAAAGAUAUCUAAUAUGGUUGACAAUAAUAAUAGUAGUGAUAGCGACAACACUGAUACUAGAUAUAAACAUACUAAGUUUAUUAUGGAAAAUGAAGAUCCUACAGAUGAUGAAGAAGAGGAAGAGGGAGAUCUGGAAGAUCUGGAAGAAGAUCUAGAGGAUGACGACGACGAGGAUGACGACGACGAGGAUGAUGAGUUUUAUGAUAGUGAUGAAGAUAUUAAUAGUGAAGAUAAUGGUGAUAUUGAAAUUGAUGAUUAUGAAAUGGAAGAAGAAAAUAAUUCCAAUGUACCUGAUUUACCAAAUAUACCAAUGUAUAAAUAUGAUAAUAAUGGGUUUAGUAUGGAUGGAAGUUCUUCACCUCAUUUAAAAAGAAGGUAUAGUAAAGAUUAA